GUGAAAAUGAAAGUGAUGACGAUGAAGGAUAAUAAUAAAGAUGAUGAAGGACUUGUGCAGCAUCCGUACUUGUUCUUGUUGGUUGUAGGUAUAGCUUUUAUAGUGAUGGACCCAUUUGGAAUGAGUCCAAUAGGGGGGCAUGACUUUAAGCCAGUGAAGAAUGACAUUGCUCCCUUCAAGCAAGUGAUGGACAGGUGGCCCCGGGACAAUAGGAGCCGGCUGGGCUUGGGAAACUUGUUGUUCCAAGACCAAGUGUUUGGGCCCGAAUCUUUGGAGUUCGACGUGCACGGCCACGGUCCCUACACCGGUUUGGCUGACGGCAGGGUGGUCAGGUGGAUGGGUCAUCUUACUGGAGGAGGAUGGGAAACAUUUGCAUAUGUCACCAGAAAUUGGUCUCACGAGGUAUGUGCCAAUGGAGUUCACUCCAGCACCCAUAAGCAAUGGAAAAGCGAACCUAUUUGCGGUCGUCCCCUAGGGCUCAGGUUUGACACCAAAACCGGGGAUUUGUACAUUGCAGACUCUUACUACGGGAUUCUGGUGGUGGGUCCCGAAGGAGGCUUCGCCACUCCUGUCGUGACUCACGUGGAAGGUGGGGAGCCUAUAUUCUUUGCCAAUGAUCUUGAUAUACAUCAUAAUGGAUCCAUCUUCUUCACAGACACUAGCAAGAGAUACAACAGAGUGAAUCACUUCCUGAUUUUGUUGGAAGGAGAAGACACCGGCAGGCUGCUCAGGUAUGAUCCCCCAACCAGGACAGCCCACGUUGUGCUAGAUGGGUUGGCUUUUCCCAAUGGAGUUCAGUUGUCAAAGGAUAAAAGAUUUCUGGUGUUCACAGAGACCACAAACUGCAGGCUGAACAAGUUGUGGCUGGAAGGUCCAAAAAGUGGGAAAGUAGAGGUGGUGGCAGACCUGCCUGGAUUCCCAGACAAUGUGAGGUUGAAUGAAAGAGGAGAGUUCUGGGUGGCAAUAGACUGUUGCAGGACGCAGCUACAGGAGGUGCUAAUUCACAACCCAUGGAUGAGGAAAGUCUACUUCAGGCUACCCAUUCAGAUGCGCUACUUGGCCAGGUUCGCCGGCAUGAACAUGUACACUGUCAUCUCUCUCUUUGGGGAGGAAGGUCAAAUACUCGAUGUCCUUGAAGACAAUAAAGGCAAAGUUAUGAAGCUCGUCAGUGAAGUCAGACAACUCCAUGGCAAGCUCUGGAUCGGAACUGUAGCUCACAAUCACAUUGCCACCCUCUCUUACCCUUGAAA